GCUUUUAGGGUUCAGUUCCCAAUCUUCAAGAAUCCAUGGAAGUGGUGGUGCGGGUGCCGGUGGACUUCAAUUUCGACAGCGCGUGUUCGUCUCCCUACAUCACUGCUCCUUCCAGUCCUCAACGCUUUGGCAGGAGCUUCUUCUUCAGUGCUCCCACCAGUCCCACUCGUGCUUCAGCAGCGGUUCCUUUUCAAUGGGAGGAAAAGCCUGGUAUCCCUAAAACAAAAGGUUUCCAUGGCAGACGAGACGAAGAAGACGAUGAAAAUUUCGAGUUCGACUUUAGUGGGCAGUUAGAGAGUACUUCUUUGUCAGCCGAGGAGCUCUUCGAAGGUGGAAAGGUUCGGCCUUUGAACCACUUCGAUCCAUUCGAAACAGCCAUCGACAAGUCUCGUAAAGGAUCGGUACGGCCAGUAGAGCCGAAACAGCAAGGAAGGGAUCGAUCCACCGCUUGUUCUUCAUCAUCAUCUUCAAGCUCCAACAAGUACAACUACGUUCACAAGAAAAGCAGGUCAUUUUCUCCUUUUAGAAUAUCCCAUGACGCCACGUUCGAGCAGGAGACAAUAAGCAAUCCCAAAUCCUAUGUUUCUUCAAUCCUGUCGUCUAUUUCGUUCUCGAAAGGCAACUGGAAGUGGAGGUUGAAAGAUCUGUUGUUGCUCAGGAGUGCAUUGGAAGGGAGAGCAACGAGUAAUGGUUCUUUCAGAAAAUAUGAUGUUUUGUCUAAGAAAGACGCCGAGGAUGUAAACAAUUUAAGCUUCCGGUCGAUGGAGAGUGUCGGGUCGAGUUCGAGACGGAGGGGGCGGGUUUCAGCUCACGAAUUGCAUUACACGGCGAACCGGGCCAUGUCGGAGGAGAUGAGGAGGAAGACAUUUUUGCCAUACAGGCAGGGCCUUCUCGGAUGCUUGGGAUUCAACCCACGAAUACAUGAGUUUUCCAGGGGUAUUGUAUCUUUGAAACGUGGAUGAUC